AUGACCACAAGCAAACAACAAACGUACAAAGGAAAGAUACUAUUCUUACACGGUUAUACUCAAAAUGCCUCCCUAUUUUAUGCCAAGACUUCAGCAUUACGUAAAAAGAUUAUCAAGUUAGGUUACAAAUGCCAAUACUUGAAUGCUCCGUACGUCUUAACUCCCAGUGACUUACCUACAACAGAUUCAUUAUCCAAAUUUGGCUCAUCUGAUCAAGACGAUGUUACUUAUCGUGGCUGGUGGGUCAAGUUGGGCAAGACCAACGACGGAAUAAACAUGGAUGAUUCGAUUGAAUCAUUGAAGAGAUAUAUCCACCAAGGAGAGAUUAUUCCUGACGACGAAAAUGGGGAGCCAAGUAAAGAAGACGAGGAAGAUAAGAAACUACCUAUAGUUGGAUUAGUUGGAUUUUCGCAAGGUGCUUCAUUUGCUGGACUUGUGGCGGAAAAGUUUGGCGAACUAUUCGACACCACGCCAUUGAAAUUUGUCAUCUUGUACUCGGGGUUUAAAUUGAAUACCAGCAAGAAGUCAGGGAAUGAUAAAUACGACGCGUAUUAUGAAUCUCCACUGGAUAGUAAAUUGAGGUAUUUGCACGUCUAUGGGGAGUUGGACACCGUUGUUGCUGAAGACCGAAGUUUGUCGUUGUACAAUAUCACAAAGGACAAGUCUGAUUUAUUGAAACAUCCUGGUGGGCAUUUCGUACCUAAUUCGAAAUUAUAUAUUGAUCAGGUAGUGAAUUGGAUACAAAGUGAUGGUAAACCCAAGGAGUUGAAGCAAAAGGAGGAGAAGAAAGUGGAUGAUAUAGACUCGUUGUUAGAAAUGAUGGAUAAUAUAGGUAAAGCUUGA